CCCCCCACUCAAAGAAGUGAUCUCCGAGGUGAAGGACUUUCAGAGAGAAUGUCGCUUUCAGUUCGAGGAGCUGUGUCCUUGCUGCUGGCUCUGAGCAGCCUGCACCUCCACGAGCAGUCAGAGGCGUGCAGUUGCAUGCCGAACCAUCCUCAGGAUGCCUUCUGCAACUCCGACAUAGUGAUCCGGGCCAAGGUGGUGGGGAAGAAGCUGCUGAAAGAUGGUCCCUUUGGCACAAUGCGUUACACUGUCAAACAGAUGAAGAUGUAUCGUGGCUUCAAUAAGGUGCAGCAGGUCCAGUACAUCUACACUGAAGCGUCAGAGAGCCUGUGCGGUGUGAGACUUGAGGUCAACAAGUUCCAGUACUUGAUCACAGGCGGAGUGUACGACGGGAAAGUCUACACAGGAGUGUGUAACCUCAUCAUGCCAUGGGACAGGCUGACCCUGUCCCAGCGCAAGGGGCUGAAUCAUCGCUAUCGACUUGGUUGCAACUGCAGGAUUAAGCCCUGCUACUACCUGCCAUGCUUUGUCACCGCAAAGAACGAGUGUCUCUGGACUGACAUGACAUCUGGCCAGGGCUACAUCGGUCACCAGGCCAAACACUACACCUGCAUCCAGCAAAAGGAAGGCUACUGUAGCUGGUACAGAGGAGCUGCUCCUCCAGACAGGACCAGGAUCAACAACACGGACCCCUGAGAGACUCCCCUUCCCUGAGCAAACGCUGGCCAAUGCAGGACGACCAUCGUGUAUCACACAGCCACGAUGGCUCUCGUGCCUGUCUCCUCCCAGAGUUAUCACAUCAAACACAGACUCUCCACCAUCUUACUGUUUCCUCAGAGUUAGUCUUGGAUCCCUUUCCCCUCCUCCCCCCACCCCUCCACUAGUUGGGUGGUCUUGUGCUCCAUCACCAAUCGACAUUGCGUCUGCCGUGCUCCUCACAGUAACAGAUAUAUCAUAGAGCUUUAUAUAUUUUAAUAUUGCAGUGUCUUGUGCCAUAGCUAACUGCUACUGCCCUUUGUAAACAAGGUACGGGUGUGCCCAAUGUGCAGCAAAAGCUUUGAGACUGAAAUGUUUCAGGAAAUUUCAAUAUUUGUGUGAGAGAGAGAGAGACAGAGAGUGAGACACAACAACAAGAUU